AAUUCACAGGCACAGAUUUGUUACAGAGAGAGAGAGAGAGAGAGAGAAUGGAGCUUCUCAGGCCUCACCCUGCAAAUUCUUCCCCUCUCACCCCUCUGACUUUCUUGGACAGAGCUGCCACCAUCUACGGCGAUGGCCCUUCCGUCGUAUACAACUCGACCACCUACACUUGGUCCCAAACCCACCGCCGAUGCCUCCAACUGGCCUCCUCCCUCACCUCCCUCCUCGGCAUCUCCAGGGGUGACGUCGUCUCCGUCGUCGCCCCCAACGUCCCCGCCAUGUACGAGCUCCACUUCGCCGUCCCCAUGGCUGGCGCCAUCCUCAACACCAUGAACAUCCGUCUCGACCCCCGCAUCGUCUCUGUCCUCCUCCGCCACUGCGAAUCCAAGCUCGUCUUCGUCGACUGCAUUUGUCGUUCCCUCGUCCUCCAAGCGCUCUCCUUGUUCCCCCCCUCCACGCGCCGCCCUCUCCUCGUCCUCAUCGCCGACGAUGCCAAUGCGGAUGCGGAUGGCUCCGCCGCCCCAUCCGAAAUCAACGCCACCGCUGAUAUAUGCGCCACGUACGAGAAUUUGAUCGAAAAGGGCGACCCGGGGUUCGAGUGGAUCCGACCCAAAAACGAGUGGGACCCGAUCACCCUCAACUACACCUCCGGAACGACGUCGUCGCCCAAGGGGGUAGUUCACUGCCACCGCGGCGUUUUCAUCACCACCGUCGAUUCGCUCAUCGAAUGGUCCAUGCCCACCCGACCCGUCUACCUGUGGACCCUCCCCAUGUUCCACGCCAACGGCUGGAGCCACCCGUGGGGGAUGGCCGCCGUCGGCGGCACCAACAUCUGCCUCCGGAGGUUCGACGCCGCCGUCAUCAGCCGCUCCAUUACAACCCACGGCGUCACCCACAUGUGCUGCGCUCCCGUGGUGCUCAACAUGCUCUCCAAUUCGGACCCGGAGCCUCUCCAAAAACCUGUCAGAGUCAUGACCGCCGGAGCUCCACCGCCAGCCACCGUGCUCCUCCGGACCGAAUCUCUCGGGUACAUCGUGUCCCACGGGUACGGGUUAACCGAGACGACAGGGAUCGUGAUAUCCUGCGCGUGGAAGCCGCAGUGGAACCGGCUGCCAGCAACGGAGCGUGCGAAGCUGAAGGCGAGACAGGGAGUGAGGACGAUCGGGAUGACCCAGGUGGACGUGGUGGACCCCGGGUCGGGUAAGAGCGUGAAGCGAGACGGGUUGUCUCUGGGGGAGAUCGUUAUGCGGGGCGGGUGCAUCAUGCUGGGGUAUCUGAAAGACCCAGAGAGGACGGCGAAAUCCAUGAAAGACGACGGGUGGUUCUACACUGGCGACGUUGCGGUGAUGCACCCGGAUGGGUAUUUGGAAAUAAAAGACAGAUCGAAGGAUGUGAUCAUAAGCGGAGGGGAGAAUCUGAGCAGCGUGGAGGUGGAGUCGGUGCUGUACACAAACCCGGCCGUGAACGAGGUGGCGGUGGUGGCGCGGCCGGACGAGUACUGGGGGGAGACGCCGUGCGCGUUCGUGAGCUUGAAGUCAGGGACGUCAGGAACAACGGAGAAAGAGAUAGUGGAGUAUUGCAGAGCGAGAUUGCCGCACUAUAUGGCGCCGAAGACGGUGGUGAUCAAGGAGGAACUUCCCAAGACUUCCACCGGGAAGAUUCAGAAGUUUCAGCUGAGGGAGAUGGCCAAGUCACUGUGUUGAGUGCUGUUCAAAAGGUCAGCGAGCUGUGGUAAAGUAGACGUGCAGGUUGUCCUCACAACUAGAAAUGUUUCAGUGGUUCUUUACUUGUGGGAAUGCCAACUUGUCACUGAAUUGAAGUUUUUGUUAUAAAAUGUGAUUGAGUCAGAAAAUAUAUAAAAUAUGUUGUCUUUUCAUCA